AUGACUAUUGACAUGUGUGACCGGAUUUCUUACGUGUUGAUCAAGAUAGAUAUGUCGCAGGGUCAUCCACCAGCUCCGGUCUUCAUGACAACUGAGUGGCUCCAGCUUUGCAGCUAUAGAUGUGCACGUGUUUUCUUGACUGUACCGUGUAUCGAGAUCUAUGUUGAAGGCGCU